CAGAUUUGAUGGGAAAAGAGAAACUGAACCAAUACUGACUUUGUUUGGGGUGAACAAACUUUCUGAUUGGUUUUAAUUAAUUUAAUCAUCUGGUUUUUUAUUUCCUCUGAUUAACUUUAGUUUUUUAUUCAAUGUCUGAAACACAAAGAAACUCGUCAGUCUGCUGUGACGGUUCUGGACCAGUAAGAGGUCCAAACCCAUUAAUGCUCUGACUGGGAAAGUGACCAGUGAGCCCAGCAGGUCCUGACCCGGUAACCAGUACGGUCCUCAUCGUCUCCAUGACGACAGGGGUCUGUGCGGAGGGCGGAGCCGACACCAGAAACCUGAACCCGGCUCCACUUUCUAUUGGCUGAUCCGGUUCCAGGAGGUGAUCAGCAGGUGAUAAUCAGGAUCAUUAGCUUUGUGGUUCUAUAUUGAUUUGAACCUCUGUCAGACGAUCAAAGCCAACAGAAGACGAGUAAACAAGAGGCGGAAAUACGGAGAGACGAAAUCAACAAAACAAGAAUAAAAGCUGGAAGAGAAACACAGAGACGAAACAGAAACCGGAGAGAAGAGCAGAUAAACAUGGAACGAUGAAGACUGAGGAAGAAGAGGAGGAUUGCAACAAACCCAGGGAAGAUGAUUCAUGAAGAUGAAGAGGAGGAUGAUGAUCCCCUGCCCCCCCCUCCCUGCUCCUCUGUUGCCAUGGAGACGACGAUGUCGGGCAGGAGGCCGGACCUUGUGUGCAUUGUGUGUUUCGGCAGCUAUGACUUGCUGACGCGGUUGCCACGGCGACUCCACUGUGGCCACGCCUUCUGCCAGGCGUGUCUGAAGAGACUCGACACGGUGAUCAACGAGCAGGUGUGGAUCCCAUGUCCCCAGUGCCGGCAGAACACGCCACGGCCGCGCGGCGGCGCCGCCGGUCUGGACCUGGACCUGGCAUCUUUCCUUGCGGUGAAGGCCCAGCAGACCUUCGUCUCCUGCUCCUCUUCCUCACGAAGCCCCGCCCUCAGGGGCGGGGCUUCAUCCCACGACGGGAAGCUUUGGCUGGGAAAAGAAGUUCCUGAUGACAGCUGGCGGCACGGCGGCCUGGCAGAGCCGCGCUUCCAUCGCUACGGCGACUGCUGCCCGGGGCUGUCCUGCUGGCGCUGCUGCUGGUUCUGCUGCCCCGGGCGAGGCUGACAGACCGGACCGGAACCGGCCCUGGAUGAGGCCCAGUUCUGAUGCGCAUUCUAGAUGUCCUGGUUCCGGGUCAGUGCUGUGUCAGAACCGGGUCGCCGUGGACAAUAAUCAGAGCUUUGAAGUGUUUUGUGUUCAGAAACAUCAAAUAAAAACUUUAAAGUUUUG